CCUGUCACGCCUCCUCUUCAUCAUCCUUCUCCCAUCUACUUCAUCCAUGCUUCCCCCCUUCACUGCAUGGUCUCCCUCGCCUGCUUCUCCUUCUUCAGCCUCUGGCCCCGCAUCUGACGCCGAACAACAGCCCCCCAUGGCCACCCCAUCGCAGGAGCGCACUGACCAGCCCAAGAAGCCUCGCCAUCGCCAUUCUGCCUUCCAGCUCGCCGCAUUGAAUGAGCUUUACGACAAAAACGAGCAUCCCUCGCUCGAGGAGCGCACUUCCCUCGCAGAGCGUCUUGGAAUGGAGACCAAGACCGUCAAUUCCUGGUUCCAGAACAAGCGAGCAUCGUCGAAGAAACGGCACAAGGGCUCUUCGACAGCGCCAGGUACCAACAACAGCGCAGGCUCUGAUUUAAGCACAAGGACGAAGAGCAGCAGCAGCUCUGUGGAGCUGCCUCCUAUAUCUGCCCUUAUUGCCUCUGUAGCAGCACCACCAGGGCUUGUCCCCCCGCAUAUGGCGUCGCAUGACUUUGACGACUAUUCUGACGAGGAGCACCUUGUGCAUCUGUCACACACGCAACGGCAGUCGCUAUUUUAUGCAGGGAACGCACAACAUCGGCAUCUGUUCGAGGCUGAACAAGAACAAAAUCAGCCGCGCAAGGGCCGUUCACGACCGACGGCGAUGCAGACAGAGGCGCUCAAAAAGCUGUACGAAAUGAACCCGCAUCCGUCGAAAGAAGAGCGGGAAGCACUGGGGCGACGAAUUGACAUGCGAUAUCAGUCCGUCACCAACUGGUUCCAGAAUCAACGCAGCAUUGCAAAAAAGCGCAAAGAGGAGGAGGACGCCCACGCCGCCGCCGUCGCUGCCGCCCAUGCUCACCCAGGCUCAUCAUCGAAGUCGCGCAUGUUCUCGCCGUUCCCCCCGGCAGCGAGCGCUGCUCAUCCCUCGCUCGCCACAGUACCUCCCGCCACCGGGCACCCCUCGCUCGCUUUCCCGAGUCAGCAUGCGUCCGUCUCUGCGCCAGUCCCUCGGGCUCGUCGCUCAUCCAGUGCUGCGCCACUAAGCCGAGGCCGUAGCUACGCACAGUCACAUUCCCAUCUUUCUGACUCUCGUCCGGCGUCUCCACGCGCCUCGCCUUACCGUACGGCAUCUGAUCGCUCCCACGCAAGCUCUCAUGGAGGUGCACGACCCCGCCGUACUCGGCCUGAGCCGCAUCAGCUCGUGGCGCUCAAGAAACUCUUCCGUCGCACCGCGACGCCUAGCAUUGAGGAGCGGGGUGCUCUUGCACUCGAGAUCGGCAUGGACGUCGGCAAGGUGACGAACUGGUUCAGAAACCUGAGGCAGACGGCGCGCAAGCGGGCAAGGGCUAGGCGUGGGCCGAAUCCUGACGGGGAGGUGGACGAACUGGAGGAGGGUGAACUUGACUGUGAGGAGCAUGAUGUGGACAUGGAUAUCGAUGCGGAUGACAUUAGCCUCGCGACGUAUAACAUGCACUCUCGCAGCGUUUCGAGGGCAGGCACGCCGGUCCAGUCCACGGCAUCGUCGACAUCAUCGCCCCUCAUCCAAAGCACGCACAUGCAUAUGAUACCGCCGCCGCCGUAUUCGUUAGAGGAUCCAGCUGCGUCCUUCUUUGCGCGUGAAGUACGCGCAUACAGCCCACCUCCGGUCAAGCAUCAUUCUUUCUCGCGUAGCCGCUCAACUUAUGCGCAGGCUCCGUCGGCUACUGUGCGCCCGUCGGCCUAUCCGCAUGCCCACCCACCCCCGCAGGUAUAUCCUCCUUCUCACAUGCACUCAGAUGCCGAUGCGUACGCCUACGCGGAUGGAGAUUCGCACAUGGGUAGCGAAGAGGAGUACCAGGAAGCGGUGACGCCCAGUCCGCUGGCGUCCCCGCCUCCCCGGGUCAGCGUCGCAGAAUUACUGAUCGAGAAGACGGCAGACACGAAACGCGCUGUCGUGGGGCAGAAAUUUGAGACUGGCGUGAAGGUAGAGGAUGCGUUGCUGCUCCUGAGUUUCCACCAUCAUGUUGUUCGGUGAGGUCACGUCGGUGAAGAAAGAUGGAUUGUAAUAUGUCGGGACGCUGCACACGCUUCCCGCUACAUACCAUGAUACGAUACAAAAACAUUCCCGGCCCAGCAUUGGCACUUUCAACCGG